AUGUCUGUUAAUAUUCCUGAGUGUCCACCAAGUUUAAAAUCAAUACAACAUUUCUUAAAAACGGCCGCGGAGCACGAUACAAGGGACCCCACGGUGGCGUAUUGGUGCAGACUUCAUGCACUGCAAGUUGGACUUAAAAUGACCACCAAGAAAACUCCUGAAGAAACUCAGCUUCUUAUGGCUGUCAUGGAUUGGCUUGAACAAGCUAAGACUAUGUAUAAAGACAAUGAAGCAAUUUCAAACGAAGUGGUGGCGCAAGCACACUUAGAAAACUAUGCUUUGAAACUAUUUUUGUUUGCUGAUAAACAGGAUCGAGAACAAAAUUAUGGAAAAAAUGUUGUAAAAGCAUUUUAUACAGCCGGAGUGAUAUAUGACGUCUUAACAACAUUUGGUGACCUUACUGAUGAAGCCGUACAAAACCGCAAGUAUGCUCGAUGGAAGGCUGCAUACAUUCAUAACUGCUUGAAAACAGGGGAGACCCCGGUACCAGGUCCAAUGCAAUCUGAUAACGAAAACCAAGAUAAUGAAACUGAGUCGACAGACCCCGGCCAGCCGGCUCCUUCAAAUACUGAUAACCUUGGCUUUACAAUAAAUUCACCAUCAAUGCCUUCUAUGCCACCGAGCGUACCAACUAGCUUCAACAAUAGCCUGCCAGAUCCCAAUCUGGCUUUGAAAGCUGCUUCACAGUUACCGCCUGUGCCAUACACACCUGAUCCUAACCCUGGAGGGUUUGUACCAUACGAUCCCUCUCAACAACCACAAACAGCUCUACUCUUUGGUGACAAUUCAAGUGUGGCUCAACUCAGUCCAGAUCAAAUAGCCAAAGCUCAGAAGUAUUGCAAGUGGGCCAGCAGCGCUCUAAACUACGACGACGUCAAGACAGCCAUUACUAAUUUGAGGAAUGCUUUAGAACUGCUUCAGACUGGACGAGACCCUGCCUAA